AUGGCGACUAGAGUUCUGCAUCUCUCUCUAUCAACUAAAGAGGCUGCUCUUCUUGCUUCACCUCUUCACCGAACUUGCCAAAAUAAACCACCCACACAUACGACUCCUUUCCCUGACGACGGGUCCAAAAAAAACCCAAUAUCCAGGCGCUGGUCCCCACCAAUUUCUCGAACCCAUCGCGUCUAUCGGAAUCAUUCGGUUCUCCGAUCUGAUCCUUCGCGAGUUCACGAGGCAAUUUUGGGGCUCACGGAGCCUUGGCUUCCCAGCGACGCCAACAUGGCGCCGAUCCUCCUGAGCAACGAUUUGCUUGAGGAUUUCGAUUGGAGGGAGAAAGGAGUGGUUAAUCCUGUCAAUAAUCAGAGAAACAGAUCUCAGCCGUAG